AUGCGUAGUCAUAAACGGAUGUUGCAUGUGCUUAGCAGACAACUUUUGACAAAGUUAACAAUGUCGGGUGUGAUUGCUAGGAGUUUCAGUUUUCGACUUAUUCGUCGCAUCUUAACAAUUCGAGACAAACACAUUGGUGAUAAUACGGCGUCAACAGUUUCAGGAAUAGAUAAAAACACAAACGCAGUCAAUGACAGAUGUGCAGUGAGGAGAAAAAGCGUGUGGACAUUUUCUAAUGAAACUAAGCCAAAAUAUUGUUCGUUUGGUUCUCGAAUACCAGUAAAUUUCUAUUCCGAAGGUGACAAUAAACACAAGGUCGUCGAUAAAGAAAAGUCUCAAAAUGUUGACAGUGUUGGGAAAAUAGAACCGAAAAUGCAGAUUGCAUACACAUGUAAAGUUUGCAGCACACGGAACUUUCAAACAUUCACAAAACAUAGUUAUGAAAAAGGGGUUGUCAUUGUCAAGUGCAAAGGCUGCAACAAUCACCACCUAAUAGCAGACAACCUUGGCUGGUUUCAAGAUGGUGGAGCUAAAAAUAUUGAAGAAAUUCUGGCAACAAAGGGAGAGAAAAUUUCCAAAAUUACAACUGGAGAGGAUGGACAGUUGGAAAUAGAAGGCAAAGAUGAUUAAUUUCUGUUCCUGUUGUCAUGGUUAUGUCAGCUUGCAAGAAACACAAGAACAUUGUUUUUUAUGAAUUGGGAAGGAUUGAGAGACAAGAGCUUUCCCAACAUUGUGGAACUUUUUUUUACAUAAAGUUGAUUGUUAAUGA